CCGACAUGACUUUAAAGGCGUAUUUGAAAAAGCUUGGGCUUCAGUUACAGUCGCGGCGGCUUGCCUGUUCGACGAGCGCGGCCCCAGCCUCCCGUGCCUCCGGUCUGAGCAGCUCAGCGGACGAUAACACCGAACCGGCCGGCAAGGUACAGCACCACAGACUGCACCAAGCGACAUUAAUGAAGCUUUCCAAGACUUUUUGAUUCAUCAGCCGUUCGAUGGGGAUUUCACGAGGAGCUCUGCCCACCGCCUCCACCGCCGCCUGCCUCCCUCUCUCCCUUUCCCCCUCCCCCUCCACCUGCGGCCUUGACACUGCCCCCUCCAUACGAAAAAUGACUCUGGAAUUCACCGAAUGGUCUUCUAUAUGGAUUUUCACCCCUUGUAAUAGACAAAAACAAAAGUAAAGGCGCAAGAGGGGCAUACCUCGAUGACCGAAAAGCCAUAAACGCACACCUCACACACACACACACACACACACGCACAUGCACGCACAUAUACAUAUACACAUUACACAAAAUUGUACACAUUUUUGAAUGUCUCUCUUCCUGUGAAAAUUCACUACUUCCUUUUUAUUAGUGGGAGAUUUUCAGCAAAUUUUGGAACAGCUGAUCUUGUUGUUUUUCGUCCUUUGGGAGAAAAACAUCAAGACGUGAUAAAGAUUUAGAAUUGAAUGCUGCAUUGCUGUGGAGUUUGAUUAGGGUUUAUUUUGGAGUGGGGGUGACUUUUACCAGAUCAAUACUUGAUCAUUUCAAACAGUCUUUUUAUUCAUUUAAGAGUUUUUAGAUCGCAAACCAAAUCAACUAUAAUUUAAAUAUUUUGGAGGGAGCCCACUCGAACAGUCGAAAGGGGCGCUUGUCUGUAUGCCACCCCCCGCCAUGCCACCCCAGAACACGAGCGCAGACACCAUGCAAGUGGGAUCUUUAUUGGGCGACACCGCAGACGCCAACAACUCCACAACGUCGGAAGAGGACAAGGGAGGAGGAGGCGGUGAGACAGAUGGACUCGGACAAGGGAGCGGUGGCGGGGAAGAGGCUGCUAGCGAGGGAUCUAUUGCGGGCAUCCCGCUGAAGAAAUGGUUGAUGCACGGUGCCGUCAUGUUCGGUAGGGAGUUCUGCUACGCAAUGGAGACGGCGCUGGUGACCCCCGUGCUGCUGCAGAUCGGUCUUCCAGAACAGUACAACAGCCUGACCUGGUUCCUCAGUCCUGUUCUAGGCCUCAUGUUCACGCCGCUGAUCGGCUCAGCCAGCGACCGCUGCUCGCUGCGCUGGGGCCGGCGGAGACCCUUCAUCUUGGCACUGUGUAUUGGAACGCUGAUCGGAGUGGCGCUCUUCCUGAACGGAUCUCUAAUAGGACUGUCUUUGGGGGAUGUGCCGGGGAAACAACCAAUAGGAAUAGUCCUCACCGUGCUGGGAGUGGUGGUGUUGGACUUCAGCGCCGAUGCGACGGAGGGACCAAUCAGAGCGUACCUUUUGGACGUGGCCGACACAGAAGACCAGGACAUGGCACUUAACAUCCAUGCAGCCUCGGCAGGUCUCGGUGGGGCGGUGGGCUACGCUCUGGGCGGUCUCAACUGGACUAACACCUUCCUGGGAGACAUCUUCAAGUCUCAGGAGCAGAUUCUGUUCGUCUUUGCCGCCAUUCUCUUCUCUGUGUCUGUGGUGUUACAUCUGCUCAGCAUUGACGAGCAGCAGUACAUACCUUUACAUGACAGGCUGGACCAGGAGAGUCCAAGCCAGCCUCAACCUUUAGGUGAUGGCAGGACGGGACUUCUGGUUCCUAAACUGGAAAUGAUCGGGGAGGAUGACACAAUGGACAGCUUUGACCUUUAUGACGCCUACAGAGACGAUCUGUCCGAGCGCGGGGAUUUGGACAUGGACUUUCUGGAGGUGGAGCUCGUUAGAAGUGAAUCUACAGCAUUACUCUUGCCAUCUGCUGUAACUGUUGAGUCACUUGUCCUUUAAUGCGACAUCCCCGAGGCUUUAUUCCUGUGCCACAUCGAGCCGUCCAUAUUUGCCGACCGCCUCUCACCCUAUCACAGCUCUCCCCCGGUACCCGCCCACCUCCUGCGCGCCAACUGCAUCACCCCGCCACUUCCUCCCAGUCUGGCUGGCGUGCGACGUAGUAGCAGUGCAGGAAGCCAAGACCUGCUCCGCCCCCAAACCAGCAACCACCAAAAACACCCCUCAGGCGGAAGUGUUAGGAUCUGCCGCCUAUCGGCGUUCUUACAGGAAAUGGAGAAUGAUGAGGGGCAGGAGGCAUUGCUCAACAACCAACUCAAUGAGCAGCGCACCUUGAAUGGUCGCUUGCUGGCAGGCGUCGACAUGACAAGUACAGGUGGCGCUAACGGGCUGAGCGCUAAAGGACAAGCUCAUCGUGCCGGAAUGGUCAAAGCUGCCAGCACAGGCGCCCCCAUGCGGCUGUCCCACCACCACCACACCUUCUACCGCCAGCCGUCUUGCACCUUCUCCUACUACGGCCGAGUGGGCCGUCGCCGCCGCUACCAGCGGGCCAACGCUGCCUUCCUCAUCAAGCCUUCGCGCAGCAUGAACGACCUGUACGAGGUGGUGGCGCGGCACAGGCACAGUAACCGGCAGCGCAACCGGCACCGCAACCGGCACCGCAGCGGCAACACCAACUCCUCCAGCGGAGACGCGGAGAGCGAGGAAUGCGAGGUGGAGACAACCGUGCGUCUGCUGUGGCUCUCCAUGCUGAAGAUGCCCCCGGAACUCCUGCGUCUGUGCGCCUGUCACCUGCUCACAUGGUUCUCCAUCAUAGCCGAGGCCGUUUUCUUUACAGACUUCAUGGGACAAGUCAUCUACCACGGAGAUCCCACUGCUCCAGUUAACUCCACUGCUUUGGAUAAUUAUCACCAAGGCGUUCAGAUGGGAUGUUGGGGUCUGGUUAUAUACGCCAUGACUGCUGCUACUUGUUCAGCUCUCCUUCAAAAGUACCUUGAUAACUUUGACCUGAGCAUCAAGGUCAUUUACAUCCUGGGCACGCUGGGGUUCUCCAUAGGAACUGCUGUCAUGGCUGUAUUCCCCAAUGUUUAUGUUGCCAUGGUGAUGAUCAGCAGCAUGGGCAUCAUGUCCAUGAGCAUCUCCUACUGUCCCUACGCCCUGUUGGGACAAUACCAUGAAAUGAAAGAGUACAUCCAUAACAGUCCCGGCAACUCCCGAAGAGGAUUUGGCAUUGACUGCGCCAUCUUGUCCUGCCAAGUGUACAUCAGUCAAAUCCUGGUGGCUUCAGCUUUAGGUUCCGUCGUGGAAGCCGUUGGCAGCGUGCGUGUUAUUCCCCUAAUGGCGUCCGGGGGCUCACUCCUUGGAUUUCUCACCGCCUGCUUCCUGGUCAUUUAUCCCUCACCACAAAACGGGGAGGCGGGAUCGACCAAAGCAUCAGAGAAACAGGCUUUAACGACUCCCGGCGGCAACAAAACGCCGCAGGAGAAACAGAGCUUCUUGAAGCUCAACAAGUCGGGAAAGGCCACCACGACCACCACUUCCUGUCACAUGGAGAAUGAAUCAGCUCUGUGAUAGGCCAACCAUCAUCAUCAUCCUCUUGCUGCAACGGCCUCUACCUGAAUAGAAUCCUUCCAUUUCUCUCCGUCUUGGUCCAGACGUGAGUACUCGGCACGUCAAAAAAAAUGGGAUGGUCUCCAUCAUUCAGGAAACCUCAAGGGACUUGUCUCUCUCUCACACGCACACACGAACGUUACUGACAAACUGACUCCUCGAAGCUCUUUAAAAACGUUGUUCUUCCUCCAGUUGGACGCGUGCUGAAUGCUACUUUGAAGCUUUAAGACUCUCCAGACUUUCACGCUUGAAAACAAAGAGCCCAAAGCCUGCUUUUGGGUGAUGCAAUUAUAAUAACAAUAUUAAUAAUAACACCGAUUGAGCCCCAAAAAGGACUGCAAAGGACAUCUUGUCAUUCCAGGACAACAGAAUGAAGCUGCCUGUAUAUAAUGUGUUUUUUAAGUGAAAUUCCAUAAGACAUAUACACACACACAUAUAUAUAAAAAACAUAUAGAGUAUACGGGGCAUUAUUAUUAUUAUUAUCCCAAAUGAUUUAUUUGCAUGAUGUGAGAUUUUAUGACAAAUGCUGCACGUUCGCGAAGCAGAGAAGAGAAGGCGCUGUCGACUUCUUCUCUUUUCUGCCUCUCCUUGUUAGCUUUUACAAAAUGCUGAUCGCACAAUAGCUCGUACUGAAUGACUGCACAUUAACUAGGGGAAAAACAACUAUAAAGUUAUUCAUGAGUCUCUUAGGAGAUUAUUUGGAGGGCGUCUGUUGCUGGAACUCAACUGAAACAAAAAAAACAACAACAAUAUGCUUGCUGUAUAACAUCAGAUCCAGUAGAUAUUUGCUAUUGGCAAAAGAUGCGAAUAACGCAUUAAAAAUCCCUAAAAAUGCCGGUUUUUGAUACCCUAAAUUGCACUCACAACAUCCUGUCUUGCCUUUACUUGGUAAAGAAUGUUAAGUGAAUUGACUUGAGACAACCCACUCUGCUGGAGUGAUCGCCACAGUACUCUUUUUCUUCUCCUACAGAUAUCGCCAUCAAACCAUUUUUCUCCUGCAGAUAGCACCAUCAAACCAUUUUUCUCCUGCAGAUAGAGCCAUCAAACUGUUUUUCCCCCCCGUAGAUUACGCCAUCAAACCAUUUUUUCCCUCCUGCGGAUAGCGCCGUCAAAAUAUUUUUUUCUGCCGCACAUAGCGCCAUGAAACCAUUUUCCCCCUGCAGAUAGCGCCAUCAAACCACUUAUAGGUUACCAUAAGAAAAACAAAAAAAUUCUUUACAAUUUAAGUCAUAGAACAGAACUAUGCGAAUAUGCGCUAGAGCAAAUGUUGAACCGCCAAUAGACAGACUCUGCUGUUUGUAUCUCCAUUUCUUUUCAGUUUUAAUCAGGCAAAACUACAAUUAUUAUUUUUUGCCCGUCAUAAAAUCAUGCUCAUGCAAAAACUGGUAGCAACAAAUUCCAGUGUCUUUUUCUGCUUUUCUGAUAUUUUUUUGGUCAAAACCUGUCAAAGUUUUUAGCAGGUUCUUACUCAAUACCAUUACUACAAAGUGUUUCCAAACUUUGAAAUGUAGUAUUGUCUGAUUGGAAGAUACUUGUUUUUGUUUAGUUUGGAGAUACAUGAUUUUUCUGAUUGAUACAUGCUAUUGGGAAAAAAAUCCAAAACUUCCAACAUUCGUGCUAAUAUUUUUGUCUUAUGUUUUUAUCGGGAAUAACACACACAGACAAAAACAAUUUGGAGAUACAGUACAUGUCGUUUUACACCUGACGUGGUUUCCGAUAUAUGAACAUAUUUUCAUAGGAAAACUAAAAAAAAUCUUAGUUUAUUUCUUAAUUAAAAACUUUCAUCAUCUGUUUGUAUUUUACAUAUUUUUAUCGGGAAGAAAACACAUGAACAAAAAAAUUGGAGAGACAUGCCUUUUCGAACCUGACGUGGUUUUCGAUUUUUUUUUAUUUAUCGGAAAACCAUAAAAAAAAAUUUACUUUCUCCCUUGAUCCAAUACUUUGAAAGUCUGAUUGUUUUAUUUUGUUUGUGUGAAGUAGAACACAUGCAAAAAAAAACAAUUUGGAGAUACAUGUCGUUUUACACCUGACGUGGUUUCCGAUACUGAACAUGUUUUUAUCGAAAAACUAAAAAAAUAUCCUAGUCUACCUGAAUCAAAAACUUCCAGCGUCUGUUUAAUGUGUUUUACAUGGUUUUUAUCGGGAAGAAGACACAUACACAAAAUAAUUUAAAAUACAUGCUUUGUCACACCUGACAUAGUUUUUUUUAUCGGAAAACCUAAUAAAUUGUAGUUUCUCCCUCAAUCAAAAA